AUGGCGGCCUUAGGGCCCGGAGGCUUUGCGCGGACCGAUGCGACUGAGAAGCUGCCAUCAGUCAUGGCGGGAGUUCCAGCGCGGAGGGGCCAGUCCUCCCCGCCCCCCGCCCCGCCACUCUGCCUGCGGCGACGGACGCGACCCCCGACGGCGCCAGAGGACACGAUGCACCACAGGGUGUCACUGGAGAAGGUGCUUGGCAUCACAGCCCAGAACAGCAGCGGCCUAACCUGUGACCCUAGCACAGGCCACGUGGCCUACCUAGCAGGCUGUGUGGUGGUGAUUUUGAACCCCAAGGAGAACAAGCAGCAGCACAUCAUCAACACCGCCAGGAAGUCUCUGAGUGCUCUGGCCUUCUCCCCUGAUGGGAAGUACAUAGUGACUGGGGAGAAUGGGCACAGGCCUGCAGUGCGCAUCUGGGAUGUGGAGGAGAAAACUCAGGUGGCAGAGAUGCUGGGCCACAAGUAUGGUGUGGCCUGCGUGGCCUUCUCACCCAAUAUGAAGCACAUCGUGUCCAUGGGCUACCAGCAUGACAUGGUACUCAACGUCUGGGACUGGAAGAAAGACAUCGUGGUGGCCUCCAACAAGGUAUCAUGCAGAGUCAUCGCCCUCUCCUUUUCAGAGGACAGCAGCUAUUUUGUCACUGUCGGGAGCCGGAAUGUGAGGUUCUGGUUCUUGGAAGUCUCCACUGAAACAAAGGUGACAGGCACAGUGCCCCUCAUAGGACGUUCGGGCAUCUUGGGUGAGCUGCACAACAACAUCUUCUGUGGUGUGGCCUGUGGCCGGGGCCGGAUGGCAGGCAAUACCUUCUGUGUGUGCUACUCGGGCCUCCUCUGCCAGUUCAACGAGAAGAGGGUGUUGGAGAAGUGGAUCAACCUGAAGGUCUCCCUGUCUUCCUGCCUCUGUGUCAGCGAGGAGCUCAUCUUCUGUGGCUGCACGGAUGGGAUAGUCCGCAUCUUCCAGGCCCACAGCCUGCACUAUCUUGCAAACCUGCCCAAGCCUCACUACUUGGGGAUAGAUGUGGCACAGGGCCUGGAGCCCAGCUUCCUCUUCCGCAGGAAGGCAGAAGCCGUUUAUCCAGAUACAGUGGCGCUGACCUUCGACCCCAUCCACCAGUGGCUGUCCUGCGUGUAUAAGGACCACAGCAUCUAUAUCUGGGACGUCAAAGACAUCGACAAAGUGAGCAAGGUGUGGUCGGAGCUCUUCCACAGCUCCUAUGUCUGGAACGUGGAGGUGUAUCCUGAGUUUGAAGAUCAGAGAGCUUGUUUGCCUUCGGGAUCUUUUCUGACUUGUUCCUCAGACAACACCAUUCGCUUCUGGAACAUGGAUAGCACCCCCGAUUGUCACUGGCAAAAAAACAUCUUCAGCAAUACCCUGCUGAAGGUAGUGUAUGUGGAAAAUGACAUCCAACAUCUACAGGACAUGUCACACUUCCCAGACCGGGGGAACAAGAAUGGGACACCCGUCGAUGUGAAAGCUGGGGUUCGAGUCAUGCAGGUCAGUCCUGAUGGCCAACAUUUGGCUUCAGGCGACCGAAGUGGAAAUCUAAGGAUCCACGAACUGCACUUCAUGGAUGAGCUGGUCAAGGUGGAGGCACAUGAUGCUGAGGUGCUGUGCCUGGAAUACUCCAAGCCUGAGACAGGGCUGACCUUGUUGGCCUCAGCCAGUCGGGACCGGCUGAUCCACGUGCUGAAUGUGGAGAAGAACUACAACCUGGAGCAGACCCUGGACGACCACUCCUCCUCCAUCACAGCCAUUAAGUUUGCUGGCAACAGAGACAUCCAGAUGAUCAGCUGUGGAGCCGACAAGAGCAUCUACUUUCGCAGUGCCCAGCGGGCCUCAGAUGGAUUACACUUUGUCCGUACCCACCAUGUGGCAGAGAAAACCACCUUGUAUGACAUGGACAUUGACAUCACCCAGAAGUAUGUGGCCGUGGCCUGCCAGGACCGUAAUGUGAGGAUCUACAACACCGUGAGUGGGAAGCAGAAGAAGUGCUACAGGGGCUCCCAGGGAGAUGAAGGCUCCCUGCUGAAGGUCCAGGUGGACCCCUCUGGCACCUUCCUGGCCACAAGCUGCUCUGACAAAAGCAUCUCAGUGAUUGACUUUUACUCGGGCGAGUGCAUUGCCAAGAUGUUUGGCCAUUCAGAAAUCGUCACUGGCAUGAAGUUCACCUAUGACUGUCGUCACUUGAUCACAGUAUCUGGAGACAGCUGCGUAUUUAUUUGGCACCUGGGCCCUGAGAUCACCAGCUGCAUGAAACAGCACUUGCUGGAGAUCGACCACCGGGACCAGCAGCAGCAGCAGCAGCAGCAGCACACCAAGAGCAGAAAGUGGAGCAACCACCCCAGACAGGAGACAUAUGUAUCUGUUCCCAGAGAGAUUCGCUCCCUAAGCCCUGGAGAGCAGACAGAGGAUGAGCUGGAGGAAGAGUGUGAACAGGAAGAUUUGCUGAAGACCCCAUCCAAAGAGAACCUGGAUCCAGAUCCUCGGUGCCUGCUGACCAAUGGCAAGCUGCCACUCUGGGCAAAGCGGCUGCUAGGAGAUGAGGAUGUGGCAGACGGCUCAGCCUUCCAUGCCAAGCGCAGCUAUCAGCCACAUGGCCGCUGGGCAGAGCGGGCUGACCAAGAGCCCCUCAAGACCAUCCUGGAUGCCCGGGACCUGGAUUGCUACUUUACCCCUAUGAAGCGUGAGAGUCUGGAGGAUUCUCUUCUGGUCACAGUGGAGCCACAGAACCUGGCAAGCCUGCUAAACGAGUCAGAAAGUCCCCAGGAGAAUAGCUGCGGGCAUCCCUCCUUCCUGUCUCAGCAGAGGGAGUCAUCCGAGGCCAGUGAACUCAUCAUCUACGCCCUGGAGGCGGAAGUGACAGUCACAGGGAUGGACAGCGAAUACUGCAACAAGGAGGCAGAGGAAGGGCUUGGGGACCAGCACGGUGACUCCUAUCUCCGGGUCUCCUCCAUCAGCUCGAAGGAUCAGAGCCCACCUGAGGACUCGGAGGACUCAGAGGCUGACUUGGAGUGCAGCUCUGCCGCUGCCUGUUGCUCCCCUCCACAGCCUGACCCAGACCCUCGGUUUGCCAUGGCAACACCCCCAACACCAGAAUGCCCAGGUACCACAGGAGAAGAGUUGUCCCAGCCUGAGGGGCUGGGCUUAUCCAACAGCUCCCUGCCCCAGACUCCUGAGCAGGAGAAGUUCCUCCGCCACCACUUUGAGACGCUUACUGACUCCCACCCUGAAGGUAAGACCCUGCCCUACUCUGAACCCUGCCUGGGCUGUCUAGACCUAAAAGCCUCUGAGACCGAAGACUACUUCAAUCCCCGACUGAGCAUCUCAGCCCAGUUCCUCUCGAGCCUCCGGAAGACAUCCAGGUUCCCCCACACCUUCCCUCCCCAGCUGCCCCAGCACCUCAUGAAGUCUCCAGAGGUCAAGCCCACAGACAGAGGGGGAAGCCAGCCCAGAGCAGAGCCCCUGAGAGCAGGUACUGGCUAUACCUCCCCAGAUGGGACCAAUAUCCUCUCAGUGGGGGAGGCUGAGGAGGCCCUGCUGGCUGUGAGAGCACCAUCGGCUUCCUUUUCAGCUCCCUGCCUGACAGACCUGGCGCCCCGUGUCCCUUCCUCUUCAGUGCUGCCCACUGACAGGAAGCCUCCAGCGCCAGCAUCAGUGCCCACCCUGGGCCUUGCUCAGGGUAUCCACGUCCCCUCCACCUGUUCCUACAUGGAGGCCACUGCCAGCUCCCGGGCCAAGGUGUCACGCAGCAUCUCCCUUGGGGACAGUGAGCGCCCCGUCAUGGCUGAGCUGGCCAGGCCCCUCCGAAGGCCGUCAUCCAUGGGGGAGCUGGCCUCCCUGGGCCAGAAGCUCCAGGCCAUCACUACCACGCCAACAUCCAAUUCAGAUAGUGAGGGUCAAGAGUCUGCCGUGCACUCCUGGGGCAACCAUGACGCCCGUGCCAGCCUAAGACUGACCCUGUCAAGCGUCUGUGACAGGCUGCUAUUGCCCCAAUCCCUGCCAGACCCACCCACCACCGGUGUCUGGUCCCAGGAGCCUAUGGACUCGCAGUCUGAUGUCACAGUCGCAACAGCCAGCUUCCCAAGCCCUAGCCCGGUGGAUGUGAGCACCCUGAGGCUCCACGGCUCUGCCUUUCUCCCAAGGUUCCCAGCCUGUGAGCCCUGCGACCCUCCUGCCCAACCUAACAUCCCCCAGCUUCCAGAGGCCAGGCCUGGGGCUCCUGAUAACACUGUCACCCUCCUGGAGCACUCCCCUGAUGUGCUGAGACUGAGCUGGGGCAGCCCUGGGCACUGGGGUGAGCCUGGGGUGCCAGCUGAGGCCUUGUCCCCUGCUCCCCUUGAGCUGAGCAGUGUAGGGAACAUCUUGCACAGGCUGCAGACUGCCUUUCAGGAAGCACUUGACCUCUACCACAUGCUGGUCUCCACUGAUCAAAUAGACGCUGGGCUGCAGCAGGUACAGACUGAGCUUGCCUCCACCUUCCUUUGGAUCCACAGCCAGCUGGAGGCCAACAACUGGCUGGUUGGGACUGACGUGGCCCCAGCUCAGGCCUCCUCCAGACCCAGGCCCCCCUCCCCACCGACCCUGUGUCCCCUGGCCAGCCCCGACUUGCACGCCCUGCUGGAACACUACUCCGAGCUGCUGGUGCAGGCUGUGCGGAGGAAGGUGCGGGGGGACUGAGGGCCAAUAGCCCUCUUCACCACAGCCCAGCUGCU